CGGUGCGCUCAGUCUGACCCGCACGGCCGUACCCACUGCUUCGCUCGUAGCCGCGCAGCAGUAGCGGACGCGCGAGACCACGUUUUCCCGCGAGUCUUGAGACACUGCAAGCUCUCCCGAGUGCGCGCUGGUGAAAGUGUCGAGAGGCCGCGGCGAGAGUGAGAAGAUUUAGAGAACAAGACGAGCGAGAGAGAUGUCCACGGCGUCGGUAUCAGCCCGCUAGAGCCUCGAGCCGUCCUCUGUGUUGUUGGCCAAGGAAGAGAGAAUCUCGAGCAUUAUAAAAGCUCGCGGGUACGUUGGCGACGCCUUGCCGGCCCGGACUGCAUCGGCAGCGAGGCGCGCGAGCUGCGGCCGUCGCCGGCGCCGCGGACGUCGGCCUGCUGCAGCCGGAAGAACAGUGAGUGGCCGAAGGGCCCGUGGCGGCCGCGAGGCCGCCGUCCUCGCAGCCGCUGCAGCUGCCGUUAGGAUGGACGUGGUCGGCGAGGAGGAACCGAUGACCAUCCAGACAGACAGCAUGUCCGGUCAGCAGCAGCAACAGCAACACGCUGCUAAUUCACAUCAGCACGGCUACGCCGGCUCCUACGGCAAGCACGGCAUGUGUCGGAUGCAAGACUCCAACGGCAGUGGCGGUGGCGGGGGCGGCCGACUGGGUCCACGUGGCAACGGCGGCGGCGGCUACGACGGUAGCGAGCGGCGGAUGGUGGACAUCACAAGGGACAAACCAAUUAAAGUCGCCGUCAGAGUCCAAGUUCCCGUUCGCGAUCAUCCCAAGUUCAAUUUCGUGGGCAAACUUCUAGGACCAAAAGGAAACUCGCUGAAACGAUUGCAGGAGGACACGAUGUGUAAAAUGGCUGUGCUUGGACGAGGAUCUAUGAAAGAUAGACAAAAGGAAGAGGAAUUAAGGGUGAGCGGAGAUCCGAAGUUUUCACAUUUGAUGGAGGAUCUGCAUGUCGAAAUUUCCGCUUACGCGACGCCAGCAGAGGCGCACGCUAGGAUCGCCUACGCUCUUGCGGAAGUGCGCCGCUUCUUAGUUCCUGACUACAACGACGACAUUCGCCAGGAGCAGAUGUGGGAGAUGCAGAUCCUGAACACACAGGGCCGCGAGGGUGGCGGUGCACCAGCAGUCGAGGCACCUCUCAGCCCGGCAUCCAGCCUCGAGGCAGCCAACUCGCCGACAGCCGCUACUACGGCCAACUCGAUAGAUGGCCAGGAUGACGGAGCGACGAGACCGACGCCUUCGCCGCCCCAUCCGGCCAGCCUCAAGAGUCAGGGCACUGCCUUGCCCACUGUUACCUCCAACCUCGGUGGCCGAAAACGACCUCUGCUACCAGGUGCUCGGCCGGCAAUGUCGCCCACUAAACGCACUGUGAUGUCGCUGCUAGCACGUGCCCGUGCAGCCCAGAACAAAGAGGUCCUGCAGCCGUCGGUGUCCAUAAUCGGAGCGGCAGCCCAGCCACAUCAGCAGCAGGUCCAGGCGGCAGCUGCGGUUGCGGCUUCACCGUUGAUUCAGGCGGCGCUGCAAUUACCACCUGGUGCGGCUCAGGGGGCAGCGGCGGUGGCCGCCGCAGCGGCAGCUCAACAGCAAGCGCCGACGACUCAACAGCAGGUGACGCAGCUUCAACAGCAACUCGCUGCAGCCCAGACUAUGCCACAGCGACAGCCGCUAAUCCAGUCGCAUACCCAACACCCGGUGCUGGCGCCGGCUAUACAUGGACUGCUGCAUGCCCAUUUCAGGAGAGCUGCCGCCGGGGCGACGGUACUUCCCAUUCUGCGCGAGGACUUUAUGGCCGGGGUGAACCAGCAUCAAGUGCAAAACGUUCACAUAGCGUGAAUCGAUCCUUGCGGCGUUUAUUAAGGCAGAGAACGAGAGAGAGGGCCUCAGACAAGGAGGGAACGCCGGCGGCUCGCUGGGUAGUAGGUGUAUUAUUAAACGUCUGGACAUCGAUCAUACUGUAGGCGAAUCUAGCGUCUAUUCCUGCGCGCGAUGUGCGUACGUGCCAAGGACAGCUGCGGCUGCUGCGGCUGAGAUGCUUCCGCGAGGUGACAAGGCCCGUACCGAGAGAGAACUUACAAGAGCUGCGAGCGCCUGCGGAGGAUGUGUUCUGAUGUGGGAUCGAUUCUUUCUUAUACAAUGCAUGUAUAUGUAUGCGCGCGGCUGGCGAGUGAUUCGUUAUCCUUUUCUUGUCUUUGUUAUUUUCGGAGAAAAUUAUGCGGAGCGAUGCGAUAAGAUUACAUUGAUCGUACUGAUUGUGACUUAAGACGAGGUGAAUUUCGGCGAGAAAUUUUCAAUUUAUAUAUCAUGAGUUAUCACCUCGUUGCAAGUUGAAUUUGAAAAUUCGAUAUACAUCUUUCGUUGAAAGAGCAUUUGAGUUGUACGAAAACAAUGAUUAUAUUGCGACUCAGCGAAAUCAAUGUAUCGCGAUACUAUAAUGUUACCUUAUUAAAUAAAAGCUCAAUAAGCCCGAUCGAUAUACGAACACUAUAAAGUUUGGAUGCGUGUACCAUCCUUAUCAUCGAUGUUUAAUACUUUUGUAUUUUAUUGAAUUGAUCAUAAAUUUUAGCAGCUGCAGAAUGGAGCCUGAUGAACUAUAGAAAUUCUUCUAGGAUUAUUGUUAUUGCCCGGGAUUCGAUCUGUAUUAAUCGAAACUUCGAAUAAUGUUGAACAGUUCGAGCUUUAACACCGACUUCAUUGUCAGUGGCCAAAAUUAAGAUUUUUUAUACAAGGCUGAUAUUUAUUCAAGAAUUGCAACACGAGUUGAAAGCUGCAGUAUGCAACAAUGUAAUAUGAAAUAUGUUUGGAUUUUGAGCAUUAUACGCUUUAUUAUUUCAGUAUUUUAUAAAGAAAUAAAUUUUAAUAUUCAUUUAUAAAUUUACUGUUGUACGAUAGUGCCCAUGAAAUGGAAACUCAUAAACUUUUAUAAGUAUACAUAUUUAAAUUGUUGCAUUAUAAUAUCAUGCAUUAUUUGAAAACUUUAUAAAUUAUAAUUAUAAUCCACAAUUAUCAUUUCAAAAUUCAAUAUUAAUUUACUAUUGCACGACAGCGCUUGCAAAAUGAAAGGCUCAUACACUUUUAAGUAUACUCAUAGUUACAUAUUUUGGCUUUUUCAGUAUAUUAUGUACUUAAUAUACUCAACUUAUAAAGGUAACAAAAUGAACAAAGUUAACGAAUUUCAUUAACUACAUUUUUAUACAAAUUUAAAAAAAAAUGUUAUACGUAUUAUGGUAUUUAAUUUAAGUGAACUUUAUAAAUUACUUACUUUGGUACCAUUAAACACGAUGUUUAUAAUAUCUAAAUCAGUUUGCAUUGUUAUGUGACUAUCCCGCUAAGGUAGACAAAAUUUUUGAGUUUUAAACAUCAAAGCAAUAAAUAUGUAUUUCUAUACCCAAAAUAUAGAUUUACAAGUGACAACAUUUACAAUCAUAUCAAUAUUCUGAUAUGGAUGUAAAACCAAUUUUUUUUUAGGAUUUUUAAAAGUUAUAUAAUAAUCUAAUCGUCACUCGUCAAUAUAUCGUCGCUCCCUACGAAGACUAGCACGUUUCAAAUCCCUCAGAAAGAGUAGCACUUUUCAUUUUUCGCCGCGAAAAGUAGCAUAGGUCAAGCUUUUGCCGCGAAGACAGAGCACUUUUCACAACUUUCCCUCGAAGACUCGCUCGCUUCACGUCUUUGCCGCAAAGACUAUAACACUUUUCACAAAAACACUUGCGGCUUCGGGGCUUUAUCCUUAAAAAAUUAAUGAUAUUUAUGAACGCCAAAGUGGUACAUAGUAACAUUCACAUGCAAAGAGUCAGCUAGUACAAACAUUAUUAAAUUAUCAUACGUUUUUUCUCAUACUACUAAGGGCAUUAGUUUGAGCCAUGUAACGUGCUACCUUCGCGGCGAAAAGUGAAAAGUGCUAGUCGGCGCGGCAAACAAAGAAGUGUGUCUCCGACGCACUACUCUUCGUAGGGACCGACGAUAUAUUAUGAGUAAUUCUACGAGAAGUCGGACACUUUACGGUCGAAAAAUGGCGCUCUUGCAAUUUUGAGGGCACUUUCACCAAACCAAGUUUGUUACAUGCGCUUGGACUUACAUACAAUAUGUAAAAAACAUGGGUGCUACCUAUCAAAAAAUUUAGCCUUUAUUGCGACCCGGGUAAUUUAUUACUUGGCCAAGCAAUCAUGAUCUUGGAGCCCGAGAUCUUGAAUUAAAAAAAAGUUAUUGAAAAUGACCGUUUUUAUUAAAAGUUGCGAGCAAUUUAAAAUAGGGUGAAAAUUGUCGAAAAUACGAAAAAUGCUUGAAAACCAAGAAUUUAGACUUUUUUGUCAGAUUCUCUCAUUUACGACGAUUUUUACCCUAUUUUAAAUUGCUCGUAACUUUUGAUGGGGACGGUCAUUUUUGACAAUUUCUUUUUUAAAUUCAAGACCUCGGGCUCGGCUGUCCAUUAACCAUUAAUGCAGGAAAAAAUAAUGUUAACUCAUCCAGGUAAUAAAUUACCCGGGGCGCAAUAAAGGCUAUUUUUUAUUGGCAAUUAGUAACUGGCUCGUAACUUUCUGUUGGCAUAUGGUUUGGAGGUGGCACCCAUACUUUUUACAUUUUGUAUUUCCAAACGCAUGUAAAAAACGAUCUGGUCAGUGUGCCCUCAAAGAUUGCAAGAGCUCGAUUUUUCGACCGUAAAGUGUCCGACUUCUCGUAGAAUGACUCAUAUACAUAUAAUUGUUUAAUUUGAGAAACUUGUUUCAACAAAGUUUAACAAUUAUCAUUUGUGAAUUUAUAUUUAAAAAAUCAAUAUGCACUAUGUAAUAUGAUAUGCGAUCGAAGCUUGGGACGUGUUUCUGAUCGUAUGAUGUGUAAUAAUAAUUAAUGAUAAUUCAAUAUCUGAAAAUACACAAUAUGACACAUAAUUUGAUAUUGAACUCAGAUACAAGAUAAUACAUGUUUUUUGUACAUAGAAACGUUUUCUAUUAAUAAUGUAACAUGUAAAUGUAAUUUAUUUAUCAAAGCGCAAAUUUCACUUUCUAUUUAUAAAAAUAAUUCAGGACUUGAAAAUAAUGCUUGCAAAAGAGGCAAAAAUUAAUCGUACGGACCAAUAUGCACUCAGUUGCACUUUUUAGAUACUAUUCUCACUGAUGUUUAUUAUUUUCGUACGACACGUUCAACUUGCAUAAUAUAAAUGUAUGAUGUACGUAUUAGUAUAGUGCGGGAUGAUUAAAAGGCAAGGGAAAUCAAGAUCAGCAGCAUUUAAGAUAAUGAAUAAAAAGAAAUGUGCGAAUUAUUGAAUUAACAUAUUAUAAAAAAUAUCUAUGCGCAGGCCAUGCCAAAUUAUGACCUGUGAGCAAUAAUGUUAGAGAGACGCGAGAGAUCAGAAUUAUAGUAAAAAUGUGUAAAUGAUGAAAUUGGGGUAGUCAGUAUUAAUAUAUAAGGCAUACAUCGUCGCUCCCUACGAAGAGUAGCACUGUUCAAAUUUCCCGUCAUAAGUAGCACAACUCAUUUGACGAACGCUAGACUAGCACAACUCAAAAUUUCCCGCG